ACAUAUACGCCUGUCUCUCCAAUGCAAGCAGCCUUGAUCAGAUGGGAUAAUAUCGCACACAGCACACACAACCUGUUUCUCUUCCGAUUUCUUUGAAACUUCUCUGCUGUUAGCACGUACAAGAACAAGGAAUGAAGACAAAGAGAAAUAGUCACAGACCAGGACUCCAAUGCCCUCAUGCAGACAUCAGCUAGGGAACGCUGUAAAAUAGCAGUGCCAUUGUGAAUACUGCUACAAGAUUUAUAGUUGAGGUAUAAUGCUCCCUUAAGAUACCUCCAAGUACAUGAUUUGUGGGAGUAGAAAAGUAGUGGCUGAGAAGGAGCUAUAAUGCCUUUCUUGGGUUCUUCUUUGUCCAUGGAACUUGUAAAUGUCCAUACAAAAUGGAAAAGCAUUGCCUACGUGUUUCUGCUGCUCAUCGUCAGCUUUGUUGGUGGUGCUCCCGGGGUGUGUCCUCCAGCCUGUAUUUGUGCUAGUGAUAUAGUAAGCUGCACUAAUAGGAACUUAUCUAUAGUGCCCAGGACAAUCUUCAAGUUUAUUAGAAAACUAGACCUAAGCUACAAUAAAUUUGGGUUCCUGGACCCGGACUGGUUCCCAGUCAUGUUUGAUAAAUUGCACACUUUAGUAUUAAAUCAUAACACCAUAAGCAGCAUCUCUGGUGGUAGUUUCUCCACGCUUCGAAAUGUAAGGUACCUUGAUUUAUCAUCAAAUAAUCUAAGGACUCUGAGCAACCCCGUUUUCCAAGAACUUAAGAUGCUGGAGGAGCUCCUGCUUUAUAACAAUCAGUUAUCUCACAUUGACACUGGGGCAUUUGGAGGACUCCAUAAACUGCAGAAAUUGUAUUUGAGUAACAAUGCACUGGCACAUUUCCCGUUGGACUUGUACAUUGGCAGAAAUAAACUGUCAGAACUUGUGUUGUUGGACAUUUCUCACAAUUACUUACAAUCAGUGCCUGUUCAGGAUAUAAGCUUAAUUUCAGCAAGACAGCUUAGUGGAAUUUACCUUCACGAGAAUCCCUUUUUAUGUGACUGCCAUCUAAACACCAUGUUUAACUUCUGGUAUCGUAGACACUUUACUCCAGUUGUGGAUUUCAAAAGUCAUUAUACUUGCUCCUCACCUACUGAGUCUAAAAGAUCUCUUAUUCAAGAAAACUUCCUCAACUGUUCGGAGACUACUGAGAAUGAGUCAUUUCAUGCAUUUGGCCUAUUGUAUGAGGUUCAAAUUGGAGAGAGGGUGGUGGUACAUUGUGACAGCAAGAUAGUAGACAGAGAUACACAAUUUAUUUGGAAAAGCCCAGAGGACAAAAGACUUGAACCAGAAAAAAAGAUUGACCAUUUGCGUGUCUUUUUCAAUGGAAGCCUAGAAAUAGAAGAUGCACAAAUUGUAGAUUCGGGUGUCUAUUCCUGUACCGCAAUGAACAAAUUGGUCAAUGAAACUAUAGAUAUUAGAAUAACAGUUGGCAAUUUUACAAGUCACAAGUCUCAUUCACAUGAAGCAUUCAACACUGCCUUCACCACGCUUGCUGCUUGUAUAGUCAGCAUCAUUUUAGUCCUUCUCUACCUUUAUCUCACCCCUUGUAGAUGCUGGUGUAAAUCUAGGAAAAAUAAAAGAAAACAGAACCAAAACAGUGCUCACUCCUCCAACUUAAGUGCCACACCAUCACACGAGCCCCAAGUCGAAAGAAAAUCCAGUACAGGAAAACGGGUAGUGUUCCUGGAGCCAGUGAAGGAAACUGAGCAAGGCCAAAAUGGGAAAGUUCGACUGAUUCCCAAUGAAAACCUGACAGCAGAAAGCAUCCUAAAGACAAGCAGGGUAAAGUCUGACUCAGAUUCCGUCAACUCUGUCUUCUCAGAUUCUCCAUUCAUUGCACCAGUGUAACAAUUUGCCUGAAUCUCUUUUUGUACUUACAGUUCUACAUAUUUUUGGCAUAAUAAAAGCAACUGUGACUCUUAAACGUACAACUUGUGGAAACAGAUGCCUUUGUAAAUCUAAUAAGAGAAAUGAAUGUACGGUUCUAUAGUUCACUUACUACAAGCACAUACAGGAAACAUAUGUUUGAUUCAGGAAUUAUCUUUAAAAUGAUCAUCUAUAUACCUACCUGACUAUGUUGUUUACCAGUGAAUCUUCUGUUUUAAGAAGACCAGUUUAUAUUCUUUAGCUCUGGGAUUUGUUGUGAGUUUACAACAUCUGCAUUUGCACCAAUUGCAGUUGUAUAUUUUACCUGGACCUAGCAAUUCAAUUCAGUCUCAGAUUGUAUUAUUAGAGCAGAUUGCAGCCACACAGCUCUGAGGUUUAAUGUAGCAACAAGUAGUGGUAUACAGUCAGUUCCUUACUUAGUGAUAGGAAAUGUGCAGCAUUUUCUAAAUUACCGCAGCAUUACUGGUAUAGCAUGUCUAAACUUCAAUGACAAUGCUCCUCUAUUUACUAACAUAUACUGACCGAGUCAAAGCUUCUUAUGCUUCUUCUUUUUUUUUUUUCAUGUCAAUUCAUUUCCUAAGGAUUACUUUUUCAUUAUUUUUAUUUUUUUCUAUUUUUGGUAUAGAAGGGUUUAAUUAAAAAAAAGCCUUUGCCAUGCAAAGUGAUUAUCUUGAGCUAAAUGUUAGCACAGACAGAAUUUCAUCCAAAUAGGACUUCUCCUCUCUGGUCUAUGAUUACUGCUGCAGAUGUUCACUUACAAGAGGUUAAUAUUCUGGAGUAGGCAGGAAUAUCCCUUAAUCGCGUAAAGCUGAUAUUUAGACCAUGACGAAUGAAACUGCAGUUGAUGUUGGCUUUAUUACAUAAUAUUGUUUACAGACUCCUUGAAAUAUAUUUGUUGUCGAAAUAUCAUGUAUUGUAUACAGAUCUAUAUUUGCACUAGGUGUUACAGAUGAACCAAAUAUCUGGAAGCAAGUAAAAUCUUGCUUAUAAAACUCCAAAUUCCAUUUUGGUAAGAAGACUGUGGGAUCAUUAUUUAGAUAGACGGUCUACAUUUAAUAACAAUAUAAAAGCUUAGGUAGAGGUUAGUGUUUGGUACAUGGUAGUAUCUGCCCUGGAAAUAAAUAUCUAUAUAUACUGCAUAUCUAUCUAUCUACUAUUGAAUAUCUUUACUGAGUUUUGAUUAUAUACUGUACUAGCAGCAAUGUAAUAGCCAUAAAGCUUACUUAAUGAUGUUGAGUCAUCAUGUUGUCCUAUUAUGAAGGCAUAUAGUAGAUAAAAUCUAGCGUACCCCUCCCCCCCAUAAAAUGUUCUCCUAUUAGAUUGUGUACUUUGCCUCCAUAAAGCAUAUAUGUAUUUUUUCACUUUGAAGGACUUUGAAGAUGUCUCUAUGUUUUGUUCUGUUCUUUGACAUAAAUUGGUAUGGUGGUGUACAUAGGAAGUGACACCCCCUGAAGAAAAUGUUGAUGUUGAAGUGAGGGUACAAAAGAAAUGUCAAUAAUCUGUACAACAUAAAAAAACAUGCUAAAAAAAAAUAAAUGAUUGCCUGAAUUAUCUCACAUAGUGGUUAAUAAAUAUUUAUUUUUUCCAAGA